AUGAACCUACGCGGAAUCAACUUUAGGAAAGCCUCUGGAGAUUGUUCAUGUGUUCUAAUAGAGAAAAUAAGCUACAAAGUAACUAACAGUCUCACCGGUGGAUGUCUUGCGUUUGUCAGCCAUAGAUGUCCACCCGAGUUUGAUUACGUAAUAGAAGGUCACAAAUGUUACAAGUACCAAAAUCAAGUACUGUCCUGGAAUAACUCUAGGAAAUUCUGCAAUGGCCUAUUUUACUCGCAUCCAGUGAUCAUUGACAGCUCUAUUGAAAAUAGACUAAACUGGCUCUACUCUAUGGCUGCCAUUGCUAGACAUCGCUUUCCGAUUAAAGAAUUGUUCUGGUACAGCGGUUACCCGAAAAAUUACACCGGCGUUGACUGCAUUCACUGGGUCUCUAGAUCGGCAGGCAUGUACAACGACAAGUGUGCAAGUACUGAAAGUUUUCUAUGUGAGAUUGACGUUUAG